AUGUCCAAACCAACUGAUUCUUGGGAUCUCUCAGAUCCCGUCCCUAGCUAUGAAGAAACGAUAGCAAAUCCAGAAACUGUGGAAGACCCAAUUUCUCGAGAGAAGUCAACGCUGCGGCCCUCCGUGAUGCGGCAGGAACGCAGCCGGCGCAUCACACGGGUGUUGAACGAUUCAAUUAUCCCCUGUUUCACCCUGCACCUCUCGAACGCUUGCAACAAGCUUAUCAUCGCGGUCGUGCCUUCAGACGCCCUCCGAAACAGCGCUCCUGUGACCGAGCAGAACAUCGUCGCGCCCACACUGUCGAACGAGACAACCGUGACUGUGGUCCUUCUGAGCGGUGACGAACACCGUUCUUCGUUUUGGACACAGCACGCCGUGGUACAUGAGCUCGAUCACAUGUUGCGAAGAGCGCUCUGUGGUUCGGCGGUACCGGGCCAGAUGCGGGUUGAGGCCACCAAUCUGACAUCGCAAGCCGUGUCGGCAGUCCCAAGCCAACCGAAAGCCAUGCCGGACAAUCCGGCACGAGCACGCCCGCCUAAGAAUUCAUGGCUGAAGAGGACAUUCGUCCUGCCUGGCCCAGACCACGAUCCGACGGGCGAAACCGGGAAGUGGAAUCUCGGCUGGCGAGAAGCGGAAUCGCCAAUAACUAGCGACGGAGAGAUCUGGAGUGAUGGCGGAACAGGGGUGCCUUCGUCUAGACCCGGAUCCAGAAUAAGAACAAAAGCGCCAAUGGCAGACGAGAUCGAUGUGCACACGAGAUUACGAGAUGUGAGCUUCCGGACGGAGAGCGAGCUGGGCCUGUUGGAAACGACAACGGUCAGAUGUAUCUGGGUGGAGAUUGAGGUUGGUAUAUAG